AUGCGAGGCAUAUAGUCUGUCUGUGAUUCCGACCUUGGUGUUUUGCCCGACGAGGCGGGGGAAUCUCAGUGGACUGUGGGAUUCAUCCAGGACCCCCGCUGGACACGUAGUGAUUCACCAUUGCUUGCUUCAAGGAGAGAGAAAGUGAGAAACUUCAUGAGUUCAUUCUCUGCACUACGACGAAUGCUUCAACUUCUCUGUCUCUUUCUUCGGUCUUUGUCUCCAACUGUUCAGCCACUCAGGGACCAAGCUCUCUGGUCUGCGACUCUGUGCAACUCUAUCGGAUUUUACCACUUCUCUUCGUUCUUGGAGUAACGGAAGCUCUUGACAACCUUGUUUAGUUACUUCAAUUUAAUCUAUCGUGUUCAAUCAUGCUUUGAGAAUCUUUGGUUACUGAUGGAGAUGCUUCCAGAUUAAUUUGAAGUGCGCCGUGUUCCGAGACUUUCUGUAGGGUUUGGGGGAAAGAGAUUCGAAGUCUUGUUCUGUUCUGUUCUGGUAUUUCUUCCUGCAAUUUGGAUAUUGUGAGGAGUCUCUGGAUUCUUGGAGGUUGUCAGUGUUGAGAUUGUUGAGAUUUCAGAAUUGUUAAGUUCGAUCAAGUUACUUAUAGAGGUACAGAUCUUUUCCAGGGGUCGGGGAAUUUGCUGAGUUUUUUCUUUGAAGGUUUGGUUGUGUUUUUUUUUUACAAAGUUUUAAGUGCUCUUUAUUAAUUGAGGGCGUUAGCUUCUGCUCAAGAUGAGUUGUCAGUAGGUAUUGCCAAGUUACCAUGGGCGUUCUGUACUUUCGGCUUCAUUUGUUCUCUUCUGACCACUGAUACUUUGGUCGAUCUUUAGUGGUUUUCGAAGUUUGAACGACAGGAAACGUGCUCACCUAACUUUCUAUGUGUUUGAUUGGCUGGUGGUUUUGGGAAUAGAGGUUCGCUGGUCAAGAUUUUGGGAAAAACGCUAGAAAGGUCCUUCCUUUCUUCGUGCUUUUGGUGUCUUCUCUUGACAUGUAGGCUUCUGUUUUAGCUAUGGUCUUUGAUGUGUUCAUCUGGUACAAGAUCUGAGCUCGUUUGCACUCUUUCGAGCUUCAAGUACAGUGGAUUUCAGUUGUUGAAGCGACUGUUGAUGAAAUGGAGAGUAAUGGAACUGCUCAUUUAAGACAAGACUUAGAAGACCAUGCUGUUGGCAGCCAGGAAGUGAUGGAUUCUGAAGCAGACAAUAUCAAUCCAAACAAGGUGGCCACUUCUGGUUCUUUUGUCACUGCAGUGGACGAGAAGAUGGAUUUCCCGCCUCAUCCAUCUGCAUCAGAGGUUUGUCAGACCAAAGAAUUGAAUGCCCGGGCUUCACCUCGUAGAAGCUUGGAGCACUGUAAUACUGCACCAGUGAGGACCCAGAAAAGUCUGAUAAUUGAGGGACAUGAAGCUAACUUGUCUAGGUUUAAGACUGAGAAGAAGGAACCUGCGAGGUCUGACUUGAAAUUGGACAGGUUGUCAGAACGUGAGAAGAAAAAGAUAAUUGUGAACCUAGUCAAAAUCCAAAAUGACGGGACAGUGGAGGUUGAUGUAGCUCAAAGUGCACCUGUAGCUUCACAACUGUUAGAGCUUGAUACUGUUGAUUCAAUACCCAUUGGUGUUGAAGAUACUGCUAAGUUCAAUAAAUCAAUUCCCAGAUUGAAAAUUGCAAUGCUUGUUGUUGGAACAAGAGGAGAUGUUCAGCCUUUUCUAGCUGUGGCAAAGAGACUUCAGGAGUUUGGUCAUCAUGUUAGAUUGGCAGCUCAUGCUAAUUUCUGCACCUUUGUUCGUUCAGCUGGUAUAGAUUUUUAUCCUUUGGGUGGUGACCCUCGUGUUUUGGCAGGAUAUAUGGCCAGAAAUAAGGGUUUUCUUCCUUCUGCACCCGGAGAAAUAUCUUUGCAGAGAAAGCAACUGAAGGCUAUUAUUAAUUCCCUUCUUCCUGCUUGCACAGAACCGGAUUUGGUCACUGGCACUCCUUUUAGAGCGCAGGCAAUCAUUGCAAACCCUCCUGCAUAUGGACAUGCACAUGUUGCUGAAGCUCUUGGUGUACCCCUUCAUAUCUUCUUCACAAUGCCAUGGACGCCAACACAUGAAUUUCCUCACCCAUUGGCACGUGUAUCACAGAGUGCUGGUUAUUGGCUUUCAUAUCUUCUUGUGGAUUUACUGAUAUGGUGGGGCAUUAGGGGAUUCAUAAAUGACUUCAGGAAAAGGAAGUUGAAGCUUGCUCCUAUUGCAUAUUUCAGUACAUACCAUGGAUCUAUAUCUCAUUUGCCAACAGGGUAUAUGUGGAGUCCUCAUCUUGUGCCAAAACCAAAUGAUUGGGGCGCCUUGGUAGAUGUCGUUGGUUUCUGUUUCCUAAACCUUGGAACCAAAUAUCAGCCCAAGAAAGAGUUUUCAGAUUGGAUUCAGAAAGGAUCAAGACCUAUAUAUAUAGGAUUUGGUAGCAUGCCUCUUGAAGAUGGCAGGAAGACUACAAAUAUUAUUUUGGAGGCAUUGGAGUGCACGGGACAAAGGGGUAUAAUUGAUCGGGGUUGGGGAGAUCUUGGGAUCUUUCUAGAGGUUCCUGACAGUGUUUUCCUUCUUGAGGAUUGCCCUCAUGAUUGGUUAUUUCCUCAAUGCUCUGCAGUGGUUCAUCAUGGUGGUGCUGGUACAACUGCAACGGGGCUAAGGGCUGGGUGUCCAACAACCAUUGUUCCAUUCUUUGGAGAUCAGUUCUUCUGGGGUGAAAGGGUUCAUCAAAUAGGGCUGGGACCCAGACCAAUACCUAUAACUGAGCUCAAUGUGGAAUCCCUUUCAAAUGCUAUAAGAUUUAUGCUCCAGCCAGAGGUGAAGUCACAAGCAGCAGAAUUAGCACAGAAGAUAGAGAAUGAGGAUGGAGUUGCAGCAGCAGUUGACGCAUUCCACCGGCAUUUACCAGCAGAGCUACCGAUGACUAAUGCAGCCUCAGAGGAAGAUGACCAACCGAACCCUUUGCAGUGGCUAUUUCUGCUAAUUGAGAAAUGGUGCUGCCUACCUUGUGCAUCAUAAUAUUCUUUUAUUAUUUUUCCUUUGACCUGGGUGAUUUACGUGUUGUAUAGAUAUACGUCUUGUUCUUUAGGCCAGUCAGCUCUGGUAUUCCAUUCAUUUUGUAAUAAGUAAAAUAUCCAUAUUUAUAUUGUUUUCUCCAUUUAGCAUAGCAUAAGUUAAAUGUAUUGAGGUUUCAUGUCUUUAGAAGUGAUUGAUGCCGUUAUUAUUUCUCAGUUUAAACUUUAAAGUAGCAAUAAUUUGUCACAGUUGCAUUAUGCGGGUUUCUUGGUCUUAUUCAGUUCUGAAAUAUCCAAUUGGUGAAGGUUUCAUAACUUAUUGUUUCA